AUGAGGCUUCCUGGCCGACGCCGCAUGUCCUCUGGGUGGUCAGGUCCCCAGAGCCCGCCCGUGACCAUGGAGGCCAGAAUGUUCUGGCUGCUGGUGGUGGUCCUGGCCUUGGUGUCCUCCCGCUCGACCGGGGAGUACGUGGGCCUGUUGCCAGACCAGUGCGUGGUCCCGGCCAAGGACAGGGUGGACUGCGGCUACCCCGAGGUCACCCCUGAGCAAUGCAACAACCGGGGCUGCUGCUUCGACUCCAGCAUUCCCAGGGUGCCCUGGUGCUUCAAGCCCCUGCAGGAAGCAGAAUGCACCUUCUGAAGAGAGCCGCUGCCGACAGCCGGGGAGGGGAGUCUGCCUAGUGCUCAUCGCCUCUGCUUUUCUGUCCCCUUCUCGCGGCACGCGCUGCCCCCAGUGUCUGGGGCCUGAUGUCUCAAAGAAUAAAGUUCCCUCACUCAGCAUGAGGACAGGUCUUCCUUCCUGAGACUUCCCGCUGUCGUGUUUUGUUUCCGCUGAGUCGCUCUCUCCCUUCUCAGCCUUUCACAGACAGGGACGCAGGGGGUGUCUGAGCGUCUCUGAGCAGAGGGUCUGCCCCAGGCCUGGGGAGCAGGGAAGGACCCCAAAGUAGCUCCCUAGCUCUGAGGGUGUUGCAAACCUCACACCUAGUGCUGACCUGACAGGGAGGGCAAGCCACCUUCUAAGCCUGCCAUGAAGAACACCAUUUCAAAUGUAAGU